AUGAACCCUCAAGUUAAUGACCGGAAGGAGUUUCAGGUCGAUUACUCGGCGACGGUAGAUCCCACGGCAAGGCAUGAUUCAGCCGGAGGAGGAGGAGGCAGUGCUGGUGGAGGUGCGAGAUACAAGCUGAUGUCUCCGGCGAAGCUUCCGAUCUCGAGGUCGACUGAAAUCACGAUUCCUCCUGGGUUGAGUCCGACGUCGUUUUUGGAAUCUCCCGUUUUCAUCUCCAACAUCAAGGUUAAGCAGCACCUUCUCUCUCUCCCCCUCUCUUCCUUAUUCUCUUGUGGAAGUUCCACGGUUUCACCUCAUUUUGUGGUGUCGAUUGAGAAAAGUAGGAAUGAUGUUUUAUUCAUGUCACUGAUAAAAUUUGGAUACGUGAACUUUCUUUACUUUCAGCCAGAACCUUCACCUACUACUGGUUCUUUGUUCAAGCCCCGGCCAGUGCACGUUAGCUCAAGUUCUUAUACAGGAAGGGUAUUCCAUCAGAACUCUUUCACCGAGCACAAGUCCAGUGAAUUUGAGUUCAGACCUCCUGCGUCCAAUAUGGUUUACGCCGAGCUUGACAAGCAUAGAAGUGAGCCACCAGUACAAUUUCAAGGCCAGGGCCAAGGAUCCGCACACUCACCUUCGUCGAUCAGUGAGGCUGCAGCUUCCUCAAGCGAUCUAAGCCGGCCAACUCCUCCUCGUCAGACUACACCAACGAGCUCAGAUAUUCCGGCUGGAUCUGAGCAAGAUGACUCAGUCCAGACGUCGCAAAACGACUCCAGAGGAAGUACGCCACCAAUCUUGGCGGAUGAUGGUUACAACUGGAGAAAGUAUGGUCAAAAGCAUGUCAAAGGGAGCGAAUUUCCCCGGAGCUAUUACAAAUGUACACAUCCUAAUUGUGAAGUGAAAAAGUUGUUUGAAAGGUCUCAUGAUGGGCAGAUCACUGAUAUUAUCUACAAGGGUACACAUGACCAUCCGAAACCUCAGCCUGGUCGCCGAAACUCUGGUGGUCUUGGUAUGCAUGCACAAGAAGAAAGGCUAGACAAGUAUCCUCCUUUGGCUGGCCGAGAUGAGAAAGGAGUCUACAACUUGUGUCAAGCGAUUGAGCAAACUGGCAACCCUGAAGUACAUCCUAUCUCAGCAACUGACGAUGGUGGGGAAGUUGCAGUGUCUAAUAGGAAUAAAGAUGACCCGGAUGACGAUGAUCCAUUUACAAAACGGAGGAGGUUGGAUGAGACCAUGGAGAUAACUCCACUUGUGAAACCUAUCCGGGAGCCUCGGGUUGUUGUUCAAACUCUGAGCGAGGUUGACAUACUGGACGACGGUUAUAGGUGGCGUAAAUAUGGGCAGAAAGUCGUAAGGGGAAACCCUAAUCCCAGGAGCUAUUACAAAUGCACAGCUGCUGGAUGCCCAGUGAGAAAACACGUGGAGAGGGCAUCACAUGACCCUAAAGCUGUGAUUACAACAUAUGAAGGCAAACACAAUCACGACGUUCCCACUUCAAAGUCUAGCAGCAAUCAUGAGAUCCAGCCUCGGUUCAGACCAGAUGAAACAGACACCAUUAGCCUCAAUCUUGGUGUUGGAAUCUCAUCUGAUGGACCUGACCACACUUCCAACGAGCGUCACCAUCAGAAUCAACAACUCGUUAACCAAACUCACCCAAAUGGAGUCGGUUUCAGGUUUGUUCAUGCAGCUACUCCCAUGUCAUCCUACUAUGCUAGCUUAAACAGCGGUAUGAAUCAGUACGGCCCUAGAGAAACACAGAACGAGACUCAAAAUGGUGACAUCUCGUCCAUGAACCAUUCGUCGUCUUACCCAUAUCCGCACAACAUAGGGAGAAUACAAUCUGGUCCUUAG